GCAGAUUGUACUUUUUCCUUUAGAGCAGAGACGACUUUUAUUUCCGCCCCCUCCCCUCCACAUUCCUGACCUCUCCCUCCCCCCCUUCCCUCUUUCUUUCCUUCCUUCCUCCUCUUCCAAGUUCUGGGAUUUUUCAGCCUUGCUUGGUUUUGGCCAAAAGCACAAAAAAGGCGUUUUCGGAAGCGACCCGACCGUGCACAAGGGCCAUUUGUUUGUUUUGGGACUCGGGGCAGGAAAUCUUGCCCGGCCUGAGUCACGGCGGCUCCUUCAAGGAAACGUCAGUGCUCGCCGGUCGCUCUCGCCUGCCGUGCGCCCCGCCGCCCGCUGCCCAUGGGGGAGAUGCAGGGCGCGCUGCCUAGGGCCCGGCUCGAGUCCCUGCUGCGGCCCCGCCACAAAAAGAGGGCCGAUGCGCAGAAAAGGAGCGAGUCCUUCCUGCUGAGCGGACUGGCUUUCAUGAAGCAAAGGAGGAUGGGCCUGAACGACUUUAUUCAGAAGAUUGCCAAUAACUCCUAUGCAUGCAAACACCCUGAAGUUCAGUCCAUCUUGAAAAUCUCCCAACCUCAGGAGCCUGAGCUUAUGAAUGCCAACCCUUCUCCUCCACCAAGUCCUUCUCAGCAAAUCAACCUUGGCCCAUCGUCCAAUCCUCAUGCUAAACCAUCUGACUUUCACUUCUUGAAAGUGAUUGGGAAGGGCAGUUUUGGAAAGGUUCUUCUAGCAAGACACAAGGCAGAAGAAGUGUUCUAUGCAGUCAAAGUUUUACAGAAGAAAGCAAUCCUGAAAAAGAAAGAGGAGAAGCAUAUUAUGUCGGAGCGGAAUGUUCUGCUGAAGAAUGUGAAACACCCUUUCCUGGUGGGCCUUCACUUCUCUUUCCAGACUGCUGACAAAUUGUACUUUGUCCUAGACUACAUUAAUGGUGGAGAGUUGUUCUACCAUCUCCAGAGGGAACGCUGCUUCCUGGAACCACGGGCUCGUUUCUAUGCUGCUGAAAUAGCCAGUGCCUUGGGCUACCUGCACUCACUGAACAUCGUUUAUAGAGACUUAAAACCAGAGAAUAUUUUGCUAGAUUCACAGGGACACAUUGUCCUUACCGACUUCGGACUCUGCAAGGAGAACAUUGAACAUAACAGCACGACAUCCACCUUCUGUGGCACGCCGGAGUAUCUCGCACCUGAGGUGCUUCAUAAGCAGCCUUAUGACAGGACCGUGGACUGGUGGUGCCUGGGAGCCGUCUUGUAUGAGAUGCUGUAUGGCCUGCCUCCUUUUUAUAGCCGAAACACAGCUGAAAUGUACGACAACAUUCUGAACAAGCCCCUCCAGUUGAAACCAAAUAUCACAAAUUCCGCAAGACACCUCCUGGAGGGCCUCCUGCAGAAGGACAGGACAAAGCGGCUGGGAGCCAAGGAUGACUUUAUGGAGAUUAAGAGUCAUGUCUUCUUCUCGCUAAUUAACUGGGAUGAUCUCAUUAAUAAGAAGAUUACUCCCCCUUUUAACCCAAAUGUGAGUGGGCCCAAUGACCUGCGGCACUUUGACCCUGAGUUUACCGAAGAGCCUGUCCCCAAUUCCAUUGGCAAGUCCCCCGACAGCAUCCUCGUCACAGCCAGCGUCAAGGAAGCUGCCGAGGCUUUCCUAGGCUUUUCCUACGCGCCUCCCACGGACUCUUUCCUCUGAAGGCUGUUAGGGCUUGCUUUUCAAGGGUUUUAUGUGUGUUUCUGAAUGUUUUAGUUAGCCUUUUGGUGGAGCCGCCAGCUGACAGGACAUGUCACAAGAGAAUUUGCACAUCUCUGGAAGCUUAGCAAUCUUAUUGCACACUGUUCGCUGGAAGCUUUUUGAAGAGCACAUCCUCCUCAGUGAGCUCAUGAGGUUUUCAUUUUUAUUCUUCCUUCCAACGUGGUGCUAUCUCUGAAACGAGCAUUAGAGUGCCGCCUUAGACAGAGGCAGGAGUUGCGUUAGAAGGCGGACCCUGUUCUAAGAAAGGUCUCCUGCAGGUCUCUCUAGGCUGUGAUGAUGAAUAUUAUGAAAUGUGCCUUUUUUGAAGAGAUUGUGUUAGCUCCAAAGCUUUUCCUAUCGCAGAGUGUUUCAGUUCUUUAUUUUCCCUUGUGGAUAUGCUGUGUGAACAGUUGUGUGAGUGUGGUAUGCCUGAUCACAGAUGGAUUUUGUUAUUAGCAUCAAUGUGACACUUGCAGGACACUACAACGUGGGACAUUGUUUGUUUCUUCCAUAUUUGGAAGAUAAAUUUAUGUGUAGACUUUUUUGUAAGAUAUGGUUAAUAAUUAAAAUUUAUUGAAAUGGUCUUGCAAUGACUCAUUCAGAUGCUUAAAGAAAGCAUUGCUGCUACAAAUAUUUCUAUUUUUAGAAAGGGUUUUUAUGGACCAAUGCCCCAGUUGUCAGUCAGAGCCGUUGGUGUUUUUCAUUGUUUAAAAUGUCACCUGUAAAAUGGGCAUUAUUUAUGGUGUUUUUUUUUUUUUUUGCAUUCCUGAUAAUUGUAUGUAUUGUAUAAAGAAAGUCUGUACAUUGGGUUAUAACACUAGUAUAUUUAAACUUACAGGCUUAUUUGUAAUGUAAACCACCAUUUUAAUGUACUGUAAUUAACAUGGUUAUAAUAUGUACAAUCCUUCCCUCCUCCCAUCACACAACUUUUUUUGUGUGUGAUAAACUGAUUUUGGUUUGCAAUAAAACCUUGAAAAAUAUUUACAUA